AUCGUUCCCUGCCGGACCCUCAGAGUGUAACACCGAGCGGUGAGUGUAGCGGGUACGUCCAAAUAAAGUCACCACUAACGGAGCGACGAUGUCCUCGGUUCAGCAUCUGAAAGAGUUCAUCUCCCAGCGACUGACCGCUGCUGCUGUGGAAAUAUUCGGAGCCUUUGAACAAACCAUCGUCGAGUACGAAGAAGAGCUCGACCGUCAGCGCAGACUGUUGGACGCUGUGUUGAAACCUGAGAUCAAACUACACAGGAUAGAGAUUCCAGAUGUGUGUGAGGAAGAGGAGGAGGUUCCCACUCACCUGCAGAUUUCUCAUCACGUGAAGAAAACCACUCAGGAUGAAGAUGAUUCAAAUUUUCCACAAAUAAAAAAGGAACACGAGGAACCACACAGCAGUGAGGAAGGAGAGACGCUUGUUCUGAAGCAGGAGUCCGAUAAUGUGAUGAGUUCAGCAUACAAGGACAAUGCAGCAGAAGCAAAUGGUGACAGUCAGCUCCUCUCUCACAGCUCUCUUGUCACCCUCAAUGUAGACAACUCUGCUAUAGUAGAGAGUCCCACAGAUGGAAUUACUUUUAAAUGCACUACUUGUAGUAGAACCUUUAAGGGUAAGUAUGCAUUACAGAUGCAUGUGAAAACCCACACAAAGCAACAUCCAAUAUGUAACACAUGUGGAAAGAAAUUCCGUUAUUUAUCAGAGUUAAAAACACAUGAGAGGAUCCACACAGGUGAGAAGCCAUUCCUUUGCAAAACCUGCGGGAAACGAUUUACACGUGAUUCAUCUUUAAGAGUUCAUUUGAGAAUUCACACAGGUGAGAAGCCAUUCCCAUGCAAAAUCUGUGGAAAACGAUUUAGACUAAAACUCCACCUAAAAGGCCAUCUAAGGAUUCACACAGGUGAGAAGCCAUUCGCCUGUAAAACCUGCGGGAAACGAUUUACACAUGAUUCAACUUUAAGAGUUCAUUUGAGAAUUCACACAGGUGAGAAGCCAUUUAUCUGCAAAACCUGCGGGAAACAAUUUAGACGGAAACUCGGUCUGGAAGCUCAUCUAAGGACUCACACAGGUGAGAAGCCAUUUCUCUGCAAAACCUGCGGGAAACGAUUUACACAAGAAUCGCAUAUAAGAUCUCACCUGAGGAUUCACACAGAUGAGAAGCCAUUCCCCUGCAAAACCUGUGGAAAACGAUUUAGACGGAAACUGAAUCUGGAAACUCAUUUAAGGAUUCACACAGGUGAGAAGCCAUUCCUCUGCAAAACCUGCGGGAAACAAUUUAGACUGAAACACAGUCUGGAAGCUCAUCUAAGGGUUCACACAGGUGAGAAGCCAUUUCCCUGUAAAACCUGUGGGAAAAGGUUCAGAGAAAAGUCACAUCUAACAUGUCAUCUGAGGAUUCACACAGGUGAGAAGCCACAUGCAUGCAAAAGAUGUGGGAAACACUACAGUAGUAGCAACAACUUGAGAGUCCACAUGAGAAAAGUUCACACAGGUGAGAGACCAUACCUUUGCAAUGUCUGCGACAAAGGCUUCUUUGAGUUCAGGACUUUGAAGCAACACAUGAUGGUGCACACAGGUGAAAGUCCUAUUCCUGUGAAGCAUGAGGAUAAAGCUUUACAGGUGGUAAAGCCUUGUUGAACCACAUGAGGUCUCACACAGUUCUGUGUGGGACUGUGCAAAAGCUCACAAAUGGAACGGCAGCAUUUUAGUUAAAGUUAUGUGUAUGUGGCAGAUUGUCUUUUUCUAAUUGCCUAAUAAUAAAAUGAAUGAGAUACA